AUGGGGUCGGAGCGGGUGGAGAUGGGGAAACGGCCGAAACAGGAUGCAGGCACCGUCGUGCAGUCACACGGCACUCCCAUAAACACACACGCAGUCAGCAACAUGAACGCACACACGCUAGGCUGGCUCAACGCUCCACCAAACGCCUGCUGUUUCUGCUGGUGUUGCUGCUGCAGCUGCUCCUGUCUUACAGUGCGAGCAGCUCAAGACGAGAAGAUUCAACAGAAGAUCCGUGAGAAAGGAGCUGAAUCUGAAACUGAGCAGACACUUCGGCCCACGCUAGAGGAGGCGCGUUCGUGGUCUCAGUCUUUCGAGCGGCUGAUGAAGAGCGCGGCGGGUCGCGCGUGCUUCCGGCAGUUUCUGAAGACGGAGUUCAGUGAGGAGAAUCUGCUGUUCUGGCUGGCCUGUGAAGAACUGAAGAAAGAGACGAACAAAACGGUCGUGGAAGAGACCGUCCGACAGAUAUACGAGGACUACGUCUCCAUACUGUCUCCGAGAGAGGUGAGUCUGGAUUCUCGCGUGCGGGACGUGAUAAAUAAGAACAUGCUGGAACCCACCUCACACACGUUUGACGACGCCCAGCAACAGAUCUACACCCUAAUGCAGCGAGACUCGUACCCCAGGUUCAUGAACUCCAACGCUUACAAAGAGCUUCUCUCCAGCCUGGAGCAGCCCCCAGAGUCCUCCUAA